GGCCGGUGGGCCCGUCGGACCUGGUGGGAACUCCGGCCUCCAGUUGUGGCCUGGUCUCCGGCGCCACGAAAUCUCGCGCCGUCUCGCGAGAUUCUAAGUUGAAGAAACAUGGCGACGUCUAAUCUGUUAAAGAAUAAAGGUUCUCUUCAGUUUGAAGACAAAUGGGAUUUCAUGCGUCCAAUUGUUUUGAAGCUUUUACGCCAGGAAUCUGUUACAAAACAGCAGUGGUUUGAUCUGUUUUCGGAUGUGCAUGCAGUCUGUCUCUGGGAUGAUAAAGGUCCAGCAAAAAUUCAUCAGGCUUUAAAAGAAGAUAUUCUUGAGUUUAUUAAGCAAGCACAGGCAAGAGUACUGAGCCAUCAAGAUGAUACAGCUUUGCUAAAAGCAUAUAUUGUUGAAUGGCGAAAAUUCUUUACACAAUGUGAUAUUUUACCAAAGCCUUUUUGUCAACUGGAGAUUACUUUAUUGGGUAAACAGGGUGGCAAUAAAAAAUCAAAUGUAGAAGACGGUAUUGUUCGAAAGCUCAUGCUCGAUACAUGGAAUGAGUCAAUCUUUUCAAAUAUAAAAAACAGACUCCAAGAUAGUGCAAUGAAGCUAGUGCAUGCUGAAAGAUUAGGAGAAGCUUUUGAUUCUCAGCUGGUCAUUGGAGUAAGAGAAUCCUAUGUUAACCUUUGUUCUAAUCCUGAGGAUAAGCUUCAAAUUUAUAGGGACAAUUUUGAGAAGGCAUACUUGGAUUCAACAGAGAGAUUUUAUAGAACACAGGCACCCUCGUAUUUACAGCAAAAUGGUGUACAGAAUUAUAUGAAAUAUGCAGAUGCUAAAUUAAAAGAAGAAGAAAAACGAGCACUACGUUAUUUAGAAACAAGACGGGAAUGUAAUUCUGUUGAAGCACUGAUGGAAUGCUGUGUAAAUGCCCUGGUGACAUCCUUUAAAGAGACUAUCUUAGCAGAGUGUCAAGGCAUGAUCAAGCGAAAUGAAACUGAAAAAUUACACUUAAUGUUUUCAUUGAUGGACAAAGUUCCUAAUGGGAUAGAGCCAAUGUUGAAAGACUUGGAGGAACAUAUCAUUAGUGCUGGCCUUGCAGAUAUGGUUGCAGCUGCUGAAACUAUUACUACUGACUCUGAGAAAUAUGUUGAGCAGUUACUUACACUAUUUAAUAGAUUUAGUAAACUUGUCAAAGAAGCUUUUCAAGAUGAUCCACGAUUUCUUACUGCAAGAGAUAAGGCAUAUAAAGCAGUUGUUAAUGAUGCUACCAUAUUUAAACUUGAAUUACCUUUGAAGCAGAAAGGGGUAGGAUUAAAAACUCAGCCUGAAUCAAAAUGCCCUGAGCUGCUUGCCAAUUACUGUGACAUGUUGCUAAGGAAAACACCAUUGAGCAAAAAACUAACCUCUGAAGAGAUUGAAGCAAAACUUAAAGAAGUGCUCUUGGUACUCAAAUACGUGCAAAACAAAGAUGUUUUUAUGAGAUAUCACAAAGCUCAUUUGACACGGCGUCUUAUAUUAGACAUCUCUGCUGACAGUGAAAUUGAGGAGAAUAUGGUAGAAUGGCUAAGAGAAGUUGGUAUGCCAGCAGAUUAUGUAAACAAGCUCGCUAGAAUGUUUCAGGACAUUAAAGUAUCUGAAGAUUUGAACCAAGCUUUUAAGGAAAUGCACAAAAAUAAUAAAUUGGCAUUACCAGCUGAUUCAGUUAAUAUAAAAAUUUUGAAUGCCGGUGCCUGGUCAAGAAGCUCUGAGAAAGUCUUUGUCUCACUUCCUACUGAACUGGAGGAUUUGAUACCUGAAGUAGAAGAAUUCUAUAAAAAAAAUCACAGUGGUAGAAAAUUACAUUGGCAUCAUCUCAUGUCAAAUGGAAUUAUAACAUUUAAGAAUGAAGUAGGUCAAUAUGAUUUGGAGGUAACAACGUUUCAGCUGGCUGUGUUGUUUGCAUGGAACCAAAGACCCAGAGAGAAAAUCAGCUUUGAAAAUCUAAAACUUGCAACUGAACUCCCUGAUGCCGAGCUUAGAAGGACUUUAUGGUCUUUAGUAGCUUUCCCAAAGCUCAAACGUCAAGUUUUACUGUACGAACCUCAAGUCAACUCACCCAAAGACUUUACAGAAGGUACCCUCUUCUCAGUGAACCAGGAAUUCAGUUUAAUAAAAAAUGCAAAAGUUCAGAAGAGGGGUAAAAUCAACUUGAUUGGACGCUUGCAGCUCACUACAGAACGAAUGAGAGAAGAAGAGAAUGAAGGAAUAGUUCAGCUACGGAUACUGAGGACCCAGGAAGCUAUCAUACAAAUCAUGAAGAUGAGGAAGAAAAUUAGUAAUGCUCAGCUGCAGACUGAAUUAGUAGAAAUUUUGAAAAACAUGUUCUUGCCACAAAAGAAAAUGAUAAAAGAGCAAAUAGAAUGGCUAAUAGAGCACAAAUACAUCAGAAGAGAUGAAUCUGAUAUCAACACUUUCAUAUAUAUGGCAUAAUUUUGAAUAUCAUGGGCAAUAAUAAGAACCCAAAAUUUGGAGUGCUUGGGCAGAAAGUUGUAACAGCUUGUGCUGGAGGAAGGUUUAUUUGGACUUCAAUUACAUAAAUAUUAAAAUCUCUGCCUUACCUAACAAAACAACUCUGUUUUGCCAAUCACAUUAGUUAGCAUGAUGGCAUUCCCUUCAUGUUACACACUCUUUAACAGCAUGCUGUUUUGUGGAGACACUUGCAUUCAUGAAGAGCCCUUUAUGAACUUUUAAAAGUAAAAUUUGACUUAUACCCACCAGAAGAAAUACAGUUGGGAAGGGUGAGGGUGGGGUUCUUACUGCUUUUUGUCCCUCUUUUUCCCCUUCUCACAAAAAUGUACUUGCACAAGGGAGGAUCUUCACAUGUUUGUGCACUGAAAAAUGCUGUUAUGUUUUGUUUUUACAAUGCAAUUAAAACCAGAAAUAGCA